AUGUCGUACACACCUGUAUUAACCUGCGUUUCGCUGUGUUUUCCCCCGUCGCGGCUCAGCCUGUGCUGCCAGUGCGGCGUGCCCAUCCCGCCCAACGCGGCCAACAUGUGCGUGGGCUGCCUGCGCGGCCAGGUGGACAUCACGGAGGGCAUCCCCAAGCAGGUCACCGUGCACUUCUGCAAGCAGUGUGAGAGGUAUCUUCAGCCUCCAGGAACCUGGAUUCAGUGUGCCUUAGAAUCAAGAGAACUUCUUGCCUUGUGCCUGAAAAAAAUCAAAGCUUCACUUAGCAGGGUCCGGCUCAUUGAUGCAGGCUUCAUUUGGACUGAACCACAUUCUAAGAGACUUAAACUAAAACUGACUGUGCAGAAAGAGGUGAUAAAUGGAGCAGUUCUUCAGCAAAUAUUUCUGGUGGAAUAUAUGAUUCAGUCUCAAAUGUGUGAAGACUGUCACAGAAUUGAAGCUAAGGAUUUCUGGAAAGCUGUAGUUCAAGUCAGACAAAAGACUUUGCACAAAAAGACUUUCUACUACUUGGAGCAGCUGAUUUUAAAACACAGACUUCAUCAAAAUACACUUCGCAUCAAAGAAAUCCAUGAUGGCUUGGAUUUUUACUAUUCUUCAAAGCAACAUGCCCAGAAGAUGGUAGACUUCCUUCAGUGUACAGUUCCUGCAAGAUCAAAAUCAUCUCAACGCUUGAUCUCACAUGAUAUCCAUAGUAAUGUCUACAAUUACAAAAGCACUUUCUCUGUGGAAAUUGUUCCCAUAUGCAAGGACAAUGUUGUUUGUCUGUCACCAAAGCUGGCACAGAGCCUUGGAAACAUGAACCAAAUCUGUGUGUGCAUUAGAGUAACGAGCACCAUCCACCUCAUUGAUCCCAGCACUCUGCAGAUCGCUGAAAUUGAUGGCAAUACUUACUGGCGUCACCCUUUCAAUAGCUUGUUCCAUCCGAAGCAGCUGGAGGAGUUUAUUGUUAUGGACAUCAACAGAGUUCAAGAGAAGAGAAAGGGUGCAGGUGCAGGGGCAAGAUCAAACAAACACACCCUGGCAGAAGCCUGGGUACGGAAAACUUCAGAGUUGGAUACAGAUCAUCAGUAUUUCUGCAAUACUCACUUGGGACACAUUCUAAAUCCUGGGGACCUUGUCUUGGGGUUCGACUUGGCCAAUUGUAACUUAAAUGAUGAGUUUGCAAAUAAGAUGAACCCACACCAUAUUCCUGAUGUGGUAUUGAUAAAGAAGAGCUAUGACCGUUCCAAACGCCAGCGUCGCAGAAAUUGGAAACUAAAGGAGCUCGAAAGGGACAGAGAGGGCAUGGAUACAGAUGAUGAAAGACAAUACCAGGACUUCCUUGAAGAUCUUGAAGAAGAUGAAGCCAUAAGGAAGAAUGUCAACAUUUAUAGAAAUGCGGAUGUUCCAGUGGAGAGCGACACAGAUGACGAUGGGCCCCCACGCAUCAGUCUGGCUGAGAUGCUCGAGGAUCUCCAUAUAUCCCAGGACGCCACUGGUGGGGAGGGAGCAAGUAUGAUGACAGAAUAA